AUGGCUCCCCCGACAGUUGAGGUCAGAUGCAAAAUCACACCUCCCAUGUCCAGGGUCACCCAUAACAUUGUGUUGUUUUCAAUCAUUGUUAAGUAUCCUAAGUUUUCAUCCAAUAGAUUUAUUUUCUAUAUCCCUGUAUGUUUCUGGUGCUUGAAGUUUGGAUUUUACUUUGUGUUAUUCUUGCAGGUCGAGGAACAUCAUGAGAGAGAGGCCAGAUCAGCCAGUAAGGAGCAGGGCCUGCGAGUGUUGUUGACUGAAAUGAAAGAGACCCUUUCCAGCAUUAAUCAAAAAACAAACAUCCAACAACAAGUCCCACCAGCCCCACAGGAGCCGCUGAUCCAACGCUCUCCAACCAUUACCCUUCAGGCACCCUCUGCUCCCACCAACUACCCAGACCCCAAUCCUGUACCAGUUCCUGUACCAGGUCCUACCCACAUCAACCUAGUCCUCUCUACCCAGCCACAGCAACUACAGCCUCAGGCACAAGUCCCACAGAUACCGCAGCUGGUCCAACCACUUCCCGGGAUGACCCAGGGCGCCGCGAUUGAUCCCAACACGCUGGUUCUUUCACCGUGUGGACAACCUCAGGCAAACUCCCAGGUUAUGCCAUGCUACCUUCCCUACAGCGGUCUUCAGUCGCCAGGACCUUACCCAUAUCUUCAGUACAACCCUAAUCUUCAAUACCCCCCUUCUACAGGUGGCUUAUUUUCGAAUCCCUUAACUUAUCCUUCAGCUGGGUACAAUUAUGGCGUUUCUCCACAGGCUAACCCCUAUCCUGCUGGGUACAAUUAUGGUGUUUCUCCCAUAAAUCCACAGGUUAACCCCUAUCCUGCUGGAUACAAUUAUGGUGUUUCUCCCAUAAAUCCACAGGUUAACCCCUAUCCUGCUGGAUACAAUUAUGGCGUUUCUCCCAUAAAUCCACAGGUUAACCCCUAUGCUGCUGGGUACAAUUAUGGCGUUUCUCCCAUAGAUCCACAGAUUAACCCGUAUCCUGGGUAUAAUCAUGGCAUGACACCAAAUCUGAGCAUUACCCCUCCGAUCAUUUUCAGAGAGGGCCCUUCACGUCCAGCUGCAUUCCGUGAGCAACAGGCCUAG